CGCGUCUUCGUUCAUCGAUCCUCAUACAUCCCUUGGGUCCAACAAUCGUAUGACAAAGAGCUCGUGAAAACAGUCUCCCUGCACUCUUGCCCUGGGUAGCAAAUGACGACCUGACUGGCCCUGGCCUUGAGUCAUUGAAGAAGCCGCGGGCUUGGUACCUACACCGCUCCCAGCUUGGCUCACGCCAUAUUAUGCGCCUCUCGAUACGAACUGUCGCCGUCGCCGUCCGGUUGGCACAAGGCACAAUCUUAACCUUAUUGUUCGCGCCGUCCGUGUCAACUGCAUCGACAGCCCCGGUCGUCGCCCGCAACGACGACGUCCAAGUCCACGGAGACAAGGACAGCAAGACCGCUGCGCCGCCAUGCGCCUCGGGCUCGCAUCGGCGCACCUCCUUUUACGUCGGGGGCGGCUACGUUGAUGAUGGCGCCGGGGGACAUGUCUUCCGCGACCAGAUGUACGUCGAGAGGCUGCAGCCCGCCGGCGGCGUCACUCAGGACACGCCACUUGUUCUGAUCCACGGCCAGGCCCAGACGGGCACGGUAUGCGACCCUCAGCUCUGGCGAUGGAUCGGAUCUCGCGAUUUUGCCGCCCGCUUACCCUUCCUUCUCUUUCCUGCUACCCUCCGAGUCACUGGCGAGAGUCCCAGGUGCUGACGCUGCGCCUCUGCCCAAAGAACUUUUUAGACAAGCCCGACGGCGGCUGCGGCUGGGCCACGCGCUUCCUCGAGCAGGGGUUUGAUGUAUACAUCGUCGACCAGACGUUCCGCGGCCGCUCCGCGUGGCAGCCCGGCCAGGGCGCCUCCAGCCCGUCUACGUACUCGGCCGAAACCAUCGAGCAGCGCUUCACCGCCGUCCGUCGCUACAUGCUCUGGCCCCAGGCCAGCCGUCACACGCAGUGGCCAGGCAACGGCUCCAUGGGCGACCCCGUUUUUGACGCCUUCUACUCAUCUAAUGUCCAGUUCAUCUCCGACGCCGUCUAUCAGCAGACCACCGUCCAGGCCGCGGGGGCUGCCCUGCUCGACCGCAUCGGUAGGCCUUGCGUCCUACUCGGACACAGCCAGGGCGGCCUCAUGCCCCUUGUCAUCGCCGACGCGCGCCCCGGCCUCACGAAAGGCCUGGUUCUUCUCGAACCCACUGGCCCGCCUUUCCGCGAGGCCAUCUUCAGCACCAAACCCGCCCGCAAAUGGGGUCUGACGGACAUCCCGCUGACCUACUCACCCGCCGUCGACGACCCAGCUGUAGACUUGAAGCAACAGGAGUUCCCUAGCACCGGUAUUGACCGCAUUGAUUGCGUCUUGCAGGCCCAAAGCUCGCCUCCGCCCCGCCAGCUCAUCAACCUCGCCUCGAAGCCUAUCCUCCUCCUCACCUCAGGGGCUUCCUAUCAUGCGCCAUACGACUACUGCACCGCCAAAUACCUUGAGCAGGCUGGCUGCCCCAGAACGCAGCACAUUGAGCUUGGGGACAUUGGCAUUCAUGGCAACGGCCACAUGUUUUUCAUGGAGCGCAACAGUGAUGAGAUCCAACAAAUCGUUGAGAGUUGGGUCAAGAAUUUGUAACGGCUGGCGAAUACGCCUCGUGGCUACAAACAUGUACAGAGAUGUAUAUAAAUCCCAGCUGCGCCCCUUUCGCCCUCCAGGGCCAUGCCCGCUCUAUGUAUGGGUUUGGUAUCGCAUAUGCAGCUGUGUUCAUGACGGC